CACCCCCACCUCCUCUCUCCCAUCUCCAUUUCCGCCCCCCCUCUCGCCGCCGCCGCCGCCGCCAUGGCCACCUCCACCUCCGCCGCCACCGCCCCCCUCACCUGCCACCACCUCGGCCUCCGCCUCCGCCCUCGCCUCCCCUCCCUCCCCCUCCGCCCCCUCUCCCCCUCCCCCUCCCUCUCCCUCUCCCGCCCCACCCCACUCACCCCUUCUCCUCCUCCUCGCCACCGCGCCCUUCAUGCCUCCGCCUCCGCUGCUCCAGCGGCGCCGCCGUCGCAGCCGCCGAAGCCGGUGCUUCAGGGGGCGGCAAUCAAGCCGCUGGUGGCAACCAUCGGGACCGGGGUGCUGAUAUGGCUGGUCCCGCCGCCCGCGGGCGUGGCGCGCAACGCGUGGCAGCUGCUGUCCAUCUUCCUCGCCACCAUCGUCGGGAUCAUCACCCAGCCUCUCCCGCUCGGCGCCGUCGCGCUGCUCGGCCUCGGCGCCGCCGUGCUCACGCGGACGCUCACGUUCGCCGCCGCGUUCUCCGCGUUCGGCGACCCGAUCCCGUGGCUCAUCGCGCUCGCCUUCUUCUUCGCCCGCGGCUUCAUCAAGACCGGCCUCGGAAGCCGCGUCGCCUACGCCUUCGUCUCCGCCUUCGGCGGCUCGUCGCUCGGGCUCGGCUACGCGCUCGUGUUCGCCGAGGCGCUGCUGGCGCCGGCCAUCCCGUCGGUGUCGGCGCGCGCGGGGGGCAUCUUCCUGCCGCUCGUCAAGUCGCUGUGCGAGGCGUGCGGCUCGCGCGCCGGCGACGGCACGGAGAGGAGGCUCGGGUCGUGGCUGAUGCUCACGUGCUUCCAGACGUCGGUGAUCUCGUCGGCGAUGUUCCUCACCGCCAUGGCAGCGAACCCGCUGGCGGCGAACCUGACGGCGGGGACGAUCGGGCAGGGGAUCGGGUGGACGCUGUGGGCGAAGGCCGCCAUUGUGCCGGGCUUGCUGUCGCUGGUGUUUGUGCCGUUGAUUCUGUACCUGAUCUACCCGCCGGAGGUGAAGACCAGCCCCGACGCGCCGCGGCUGGCGAAGGAGCGGUUGGAGAAGAUGGGGCCUAUGAGCAAGGAGGAGAAGAUCAUGGCUGGAACGCUGUUCCUCACGGUAGGUCUUUGGAUCUUUGGUGGAAUGCUGAAUGUGGAUGCAGUGUCUGCUGCAAUUCUUGGCCUAUCCGUCCUCCUGAUUUCUGGAGUUGUUACAUGGAAAGAGUGUUUGGGGGAGGCUGUAGCGUGGGAUACCCUUACAUGGUUUGCUGCUCUUAUUGCAAUGGCUGGAUACCUCAACAAAUACGGGUUGAUCUCUUGGUUCAGUGAGACUGUUGUGAAGUUUGUUGGUGGCCUUGGUCUCUCAUGGCAACUAUCGUUUGGUGUCUUGGUGCUGCUGUACUUCUACUCCCACUAUUUCUUUGCCAGUGGCGCAGCGCACAUUGGAGCAAUGUUCACUGCAUUUUUGUCAGUGUCCAGCGCCUUGGGCACUCCUCCUCUAAUUGCUGCCAUGGUUCUUUCAUUCCUCUCAAACAUCAUGGGUGGACUCACGCACUAUGGAAUUGGGUCUGCUCCUGUCUUCUACGGUGCUGGCUAUGUUCCACUGGCUCAGUGGUGGGGGUAUGGAUUUGUCAUUUCCAUCGUUAACAUCAUCAUCUGGCUUGGUGCUGGAGGCUUCUGGUGGAAGAUGCUCGGCUUGUGGUGAGGAGCAAAGUAAAUGCGGGUUUUUCCGUUUCUGUUUCGGUAGAAGACUGAAAGAAACCUAGCUGAAAUUGCGGUAGCACAGGUACAGCCAUCCGCAAAUUUUGUCGACAUGAUUUUGCAACCAGCAACCCAUUCUUUUAGUUUGUACCAAUACAUUUGUUUCAUCCUUGGGUUCUAACUGUUAAUUGCAAAGCCUGGGCACAGUUUUACUGGCAACAAUUGGUAUGUUGAAUGGAUCUUGGUGAUCUUAACCUGCAGAUUGUGACCCUUGUGCCUCUAUAUUAUGAUCAGAAUUGGUUGCAUUUAUGUUC